AUGAUGCUAUCUCGCUUGCUUCCUGCUUUCUUGCUAAGGCCCCUUGGUUUAUCGUCUCCUAUUCGCCGUACGCUACGGUCCCCCACUCCCUGUAAGUCCUUUUUAACCGCCGAUGACCUCCCACGAGCCAGCCGCCGAUUCCUCGCGACGAAACUUCCCCCCGCUGUCUCCGGCGAUGUGCAUACCUCCCCCACCCCGCGCCUAGUCGCUGAAGGCGACUUUCUAUUGAGCUCCUCGCAGGUAGAAGACCUGUUUGCUGGACGAUUCCCCACUGACUGUGAUCGCGAUGUGCUCGUCUUUAAAGGUUUAUCUCAGCGUGAUUGGCAAAGAAUCGUCCAAGGUUUUAGGCGCUCCCUCAGUGGCAGAGAAGGAAAACCUUCGGGUUAUCUUGUUUAUGGGGGCUUUCACACUACUUCUAUACUCCGUGCUCCACCAUCAAAUAUCCACGAUGCCUUGAUUUGGAACAUCGUUGACCUUGUACUCAAUACACUAAAGCAAGCAACCCGGGACGACGAGAAAUAUUCGUUCCAAGUGAUGAUGAACACAAGCGCCAGCUCAAGGGACAAAACUGCUUCAAUGAAGAUCCCUGACAUUAGGAUUGCAAGGCGAGAGCGUGCCCCCCGUCGUGGAAAGAUCCCGCGGGACGAAAUAGUAUUCGUGGCAGAAAUUGGUUUCACAGAAGGCUCGUCAGAUCUCGAAAAAUCAAUUAAACAGUGGUUUAACGUCAUGCCCGAGGUCAAAGUUGCGUUUCUUGUGAAAUUGGAUGAACGGCCCCGGUUCAACUCCAAACGCGCCUUCAGCCAUCUCCCUGACUAUGUGAUCAAAAACCCUUCCAUAUACGCCAACGCCAAUACAGCAGCCUCUAUUAAUAAUGAAGGAAUGGCAGAAAUACAUGGAGUCAGUUUUGUGGGCAACAUAACUGCUUACCUUGAGAUCUGGACGAGAAGUUCUGACGGCAAUGCGGAGCUAAGUGGCGAAAGGAUUGUAAGUACAUUCAACAUGCUACAGCUUCAUAGACCGGUACGUCUUGCUUACAGAUUACCAUAGAAAUUUUAUGACUCAUCCCAGCUCCUUAGCCCACCAAGGAUAGAGCUAGAUAUGACUGCUUUCGGUUUCUCCUCAGAUCAACGACAGCAUGACAAGUUGAUACUAGAUUGGAAAGGAUGGGACGAGGCACUCCAAGCACAGACCGGAGAGCUAGCCUGCAAACGUUUUUUUUCUAUAAUUCAUAAAUUCUGUAUGACGGAGACGGAAGGUUCGGAGACAGAAAGUUCACG